AUGUCUCCUUCUGCUUCAAACAACAAAGACACAUUCAUUGGUUGGGCUGCCACUUCCAAAGAUUCUCCACUCAAACAAAUGGAGUUGCCCUUGAAAACUUGGGAAGAGACAGAUGUCGAAAUGGCUAUCUCUCAUUGCGGGGUAUGUGGUAGCGAUAUUCAUACAUUGAGUGAAGGCUGGGGAAAGACUCAAUUCCCUGCUGUGGUCGGUCAUGAAAUUGUUGGUAUUUGCACAAGAGUUGGCAAAGAUGUCAAGCACAUCCGCGUUGGUGAUCGUAUUGGUGUCGGUGCUCAGUGCGAUUCUUGUGGUGAAUGCGAUGACUGCAGACGAGGCGAUGAGAAUAUUUGCAAAGAAGGUCUUUUAUCAAGAGGUGGUACUUACAAUGGCAACUGGAAAAAUGGCGACAAGACGUUUGGAGGAUAUGCAGAUUAUUGGAGAGGCAAUUAUCGCUUUGUAUUCAAGAUUCCCUGUAGUAUGACAAACGAGAUGGCUGCCUGCUUCUUCUGUUCUGGAGUUACCACUUACGCACCUUUAAAGAAUAACAACGUUCAGCCUGGAGAUCGUGUUGGUGUUAUUGGUAUCGGUGGCCUUGGUCACUUUGCUAUUCAAUGGAUUAAAGCAAUGGGCGCUGAAGCUGUUGCACUCUCUCAUUCCGAUAGAAAGCGUGAAGAUGCCAUGGAACUGGGCUGUGAUGAAUACAUUGUUACCAGCAAUGAAAAUAUGAUGAAGAGUCGAGCAAACACUCUUACGUAUAUCAUCUGUACAAGUUUUGCAAAUGAUUUCGACUGGAGUCUAUUUUUGAACCUGUUGAAAAGUAAUGGUAAAUUCAUCAUGGUUGCUAUCCCUGAGACUCCUCUCGUUGGCAUCCCCCCUUUCCUGCUGGCCGGCAAGCAGCUCACUAUCUCUGGCUCCAUCAUUGGCUCUCCCCGCAUAAUUGAAGACAUGCUUAGAUUCGCUGCCACUACCUCAGUGAAGCCAUGGAUCAACAAGUAUCCCAUGAAUCAAGUCAAUGAAGCAAUUCAGGCUAUCAAGGACGGAAAGCCCAGAUAUCGUAUUGUUCUCGAAAAUGAGCCGGACUUCUAG